UCCGUCAGCAGAAGCAGCCGGGCUUCAUUCCGGAGUUGGCUGGCGCGAGAGAGGGAUGUAGGCUGCUGAUUGGCUGCCGCUAGACCGAAAGACCCCGCUGAUUGGCCUCUGAGGAGCCGGAAAAAUGUUGGCCAAGGGCAUGAAACGGAAGCGGAGCGAAGACGAGGCGCCAGACCCCCUUGUGGCCACCUCACCAUCCAGCUCCCUCUUCAGCCUCUCCGUCUCCAAACUGCACCAGAGCCUCCAACAUGUGGAACCCAACCUCCGCCACCUGGUGCUGGUGGCAAACACCCUCCGGCGCAUCCAGGGUGAGAUGCAGCCAGCCGUAAGCCCUGUUAUCCCCGCAGCCCUUGGCGGGGGAGACCCACUUGCCUCUGCUCCCGUCCCCUUGGAGCCUUGCAGGAAGCCUCCGGCACCUCUUGCCCCCCAUGUGGACGAGCUCCUGAUCUCCAACAUGGACAUCUCGGUCUUCUCCAGCAUUUUGGAGGACUUGAGUGGCAUAGAGGGUCUGGGGGACUCAUUCCAGCCCUCGCUCGGAGCGCCUGGAGACUUGCUCAGUCCAGAGCCAGAACGGACUUCCCAUCCUGGCCCUCCCAGCUCUCUAGAGAUCUUGGGCCCUGGUGGGUACCUCCUGGAAGAUGGCCUGGAGGGCCUCUUUGAAGACAUUGACACUUCCAUGUAUGACUCUGACCUCUGGUCACCCACUGAACUUCCACACCUCAAGGAAGGCUUCUCAACUACGGCGCAGGAGAAGCCGGAUUUAGCUGACCUCGACUAUCUCAUGGACAUGCUGGUGGAGGCUCAGGAGCUGUGAUAGAGAGAAAGGGAGGGUGAGGGGUUCGUGGUGGGAUGGGACAAGUGCAUGGACACAAGUGGGAUGUAAAUGAGUGGAAUGGUGGGUGGGUAAAAAGAGAAACAACGGUGAAAGUCCCAAGUGAAGCUGCCAUUCGAGGUAGCACAGAAGUCUUCAAUACCUCCUUCCCUGGAGCCAUUGGUUAACCUGGUUGUGUGAGAGUGAGAAAAAACACACACACACAGACACACACAAAAGCUAUAGCCAGCCUGAAAUAUGCCUGAUUGGAAGCCCAUCAUAUCAGUAGUUGCGGUUUUUCAAGUCACUCCUGACAUGACAAAAAAAAAGGAGUUGCUUUGAUUUGAUUGUGCAUAGCGG